UACGCCUUCUUUCUUCCUCUCCAAGCACCGAAGCACAAUACUUCCUCCUCCAGUCCUCCUUCCUGUUUACACGGUUCUUAGAGAAGCUGGGUUGCUAUUCUGAAUUAAACGGAGAUGUUCGUUUCAAGGGUAUUUUCUAGGAUUUCGAGGAACCUCUUGAAUAACGCCCGAGGCGUCCUCGUCUCUUCUCGCCAAGAGAAGUUGUCGGUUAUCCCCUAUGGCUUUCAUUCUAUUCGUGAAUCAACUAACAAUUGGUUUCUGAGCCAAAUGACUUGGCAUUCUUCAGCACUUAAUACCUCAUUGUCUCAGCGAUUUGGGUUCUCAUCUGCAUCUCCCCAACCCAGUGCAAAGGAAACAAACCAGACUGGAGAUGAACAUGUGAGUGGCACCCCUGCUAAUGCUGAGGCCACAAAGACAAAUGGAGAUGCUAAAGUGCAAGAGAAAACAGAAGAUAAUGAGGAUGAGCUAUCCAUUGAUGAUCUUGUAAAGCUUGUUGCUGAAAAGGAAGAGCUACUAAAGAUGAAAAACAAGGAGAUUGACAAAAUGCAAGAUAAAGUUCUCCGUAGUUAUGCAGAAAUGGAAAAUGUUAUGGAUAGGACAAGACGUGAAGCAGAGAACUCCAAAAAGUUUGCUAUUCAGAGCUUUGCAAAGAGUCUGUUAGAUGUUGCAGACAAUCUUGGAAGGGCAUCUUCAGUAGUCAAAGAUAACUUUUCAAAGAUUGAUGCAUCUAACGACACUGCUGGAGCCGUGCCACUUCUAAAGACACUUCUGGAAGGUGUUGAGAUGACUGAUAAGCAGCUUGUAGAGGUGUUUAGAAAGUUUGGAGUGGAGAAAUAUGACCCAAUCAAUGAGCAAUUUGACCCUCAUAGGCAUUAUGCAGUCUUCCAGAUUCCAGACGGUUCUAAGCCUCCUGGAACCGUUGCUGCUGUUCUAAAGUCUGGAUACAUGCUCUACGACCGAGUUAUCCGGCCAGCUGAGGUCGGUGUUACCCAGUCUUUGGACAAUGGAGCUGGUGAAAGUUCUGAAGCUUGAAACAGGGUUUGUCUACUUCGCUGGUCAUCCCAUGAUCAUCAGAUGUUCCUUUGAGAAAUCUUGUAAUUGUGAGAAGAAGAGAAGAAAGAACUAGUGUUAGAUCUAAACCAGAUCAGUUUUAGCCUAUACUAUUUUUGGUCAUAGCGUGGAGAAAAUUUUGCUCUGUUUUAUUUAUUUAUAGCAAAUAGUGCGACAGAAUAAUUCAAAGAAAAUUUUGAUUGAAAUUAUUAAAUUACUACAAUUUAAAACCUAA